GCUUAUACACUAACUUGUCCCCUGUUGAUAGCAUCCUGGUUCACUAUUUGCGCUCUCGUGCUCGGGACGGGACGGGGUGAUGGAGACUGAGAGUUGCCUGUCUUUCUCCUCGCCUUCAAACAGGAUCACGCCAGAGAAUUCACCGGGUUUGGAGCAUAAUUCCGGCGCGUUCUUUCAGUGUGACGACCUCCAAAAGUCUCCGCAUCUUCCUCUAGCGCAUCGACAUGAGUUUUUUAUGGGACGCUACACUGACGGCGGCACCGCGGACUUUACGCACGGCGUCAGCACUUCAACUCCCCGCGCCUCGCCUGGAAAGCAUACAAAGUAUUUGGAGAAUAUGAACCAGGACCAAAAACCUUCGAUUACAGAGAAGAACUCGUCAUUUUAUGAGACUAAUUCUGAUGCAGGAGAUAAGACCGUACCCAAGGCCCUUGGAUAUCCCGCUCUAGACUCGGAGUGUUGUGGAAAACUGAAAGAGCCAUCCAACGGGUUGCCUGGAGACUCCAUCGCUGACUCCAUUGACCUGUCAGGCAAGAACAAGAAGCGGAGAAACCGGACAACUUUCAGCACCUUUCAACUGGAGGAGCUGGAGAAGGUCUUUCAGAAGACACAUUACCCAGAUGUGUAUGCACGGGAACAGCUGGCACUGAGGACGGAGCUCACGGAGGCAAGAGUGCAGGGCGUAUAUUUCUACCAUUCAAUAAUUAAGAUAUGGAUAUAUAUGGAUAUUCAGGUGUGGUUCCAAAACAGACGGGCCAAAUGGAGGAAAAGAGAGCGUUACGGGAAGAUGCAAGAGGUGCGAAACCACUUUGCUGCUACAUACGAUAUUUCCCUUCUCCCUCGCUCCGACUCAUACCAGAUGCAAAAUAACCUAUGGCCAAGCAGUGCGGGAACGGGAGGCGCCGGCGGAGCGGCCAGUGGUUGUGUUCUGGGAGCGGAAAACAUGGCAUCGUCCUGUAUGACCCCUUACCCCCAUCCUCACGGCAACCUACCCGGGCUCAUGGGUAUGUCUGCGUCUCCAGGCCAUCCUCAUCAUCAUCAUCAUCAUCAUCACCCGCCCCACCACCCUAGCAUUAAUGGGAUAUACUCACUCCAUGGCUUCCCAGGAAGCCUGGGGGCCCAUUCCUUUGAGCCUGGACCAGAGUCUGAAUACAAGCCCUCAGGCCUGGUGGCCCUGCGCAUGAAAACCAAAGACCCCGGGAGCCUGUUAUCCUGGCCGACAUGACCGCGCAGCUGCAACCGCGAUUGUGAUGACAUCACUGAGCCAACAAACAGUUAGCAUGCCUGCGCAUGUUAGUGCUACUCAGAAACACACAACUGAUAGACACUUUUUUAACGCUCAAUGUACACAUCUCUUUUUUCCAGAUGUUUUCACUGCAAAGAUGCAUCUGAUGCCCGGAAUUUUUUUUUUUUUUUUGUCUUGAUCUGUUUCCCUAUGGAAGCAUCUCGUUUGUUUGUGUGUUUGUUGAAAUUCUAUGAGCCAUAAUGGGCUUUGCACACAACUUGCCUUAAUAUAAAAUUCUUCCUGGGAUACUUAAAUUGUAAAAAUGAUGUAAUGUUAAUUACCAAAGAGGAUGUGCAACAUGUUUAUUUAAGUAUGUUAAUGUUAAUCUCAUAGUUUCAGUGUAUGCAGUGG